UGCGUUGUGUUGUUGCUGUUCUGCUGUUCGUUCCGUGUGCUGCUGUUAUCAGCACUCAAAUUUUUGAAAAACUUCACCUUUCUUAUCGAUACGUAGAUACUGUAUAACUUUCAAUGGGUCUUCUAUCUCUUUUGCGGAAGUUACGAUCUGCACCGGAAAAGGAGCUUCGCAUUCUGUUGCUCGGUUUGGACAAUGCUGGGAAAACGACGCUACUAAAACAGCUCGCCUCGGAGGAAGUAACACAGGUGACUCCUACUGCAGGAUUCAACAUCAAAUCCGUUGUGUCCGAGGGAUUCAAGCUAAAUGUCUGGGAUAUUGGCGGACAGAGCAAGAUACGGCCAUAUUGGAAGAAUUAUUUUGAAAACACGGACGUGCUGAUAUAUGUUAUCGAUUCGAGUGACAAAAAAAGGCUGGAAGAAACUGGCGAUGAGCUUACCGAAUUGCUGUUGGAUGAUAAGUUAAAGUCCGUCCCCUUGCUGGUGUUUGCUAAUAAACAGGACGUGGUUGGUGCCCUGAAGGCUUCCGAGAUUGCAGAAUGUUUAAAGCUGGUUAAGCUUAUGGACCGUACGUGGCAAAUACAAGGAUGCUCGGCACUGCAAGGAACAGGAGUGAAGAUGGCGGUACAUGAUGCCAAACGUAAUCGCUUCUUCGGUUCCGAAGCAACUAGUAACGAAGCAAAAAAACUGCUUUCACAAACACCAACCCUGCGUCACAAACACGGAAAUGCACCAGUCUGCACGGCACAUGGCUGCCCCAUCCACCGGUACAACAUUAGCAAGCUCGACCACUAUGGCUGCAAGACUAGCUACUUUCUUCCUAGGAACUAUAGCCCACGGAACUGUAGCCAAACUGUUCGAUGCAAAAAGGCCACUACAAUCCUGCGUUCAGAGCUCGUACAACAGUAA